GCGAACGUCAUGGUACCGAAGAAGAAAAAGAAGUCAUCCUCAUGUGUAGUUUUUGCAGAUAAUCUUCUUUAUUAGCUAUAGCUUUACAAACAUAGCUUGAGUAUCAGAAGCUUGAGACAGGCUUUUGGUUUCCGCUGAUCACCUAUGUGGCAAUUACCGUCAGAUUCAGAGAUGAUGCCUGGUCUUAAGCAAACCACGUUUUGAGCGCAUAACUAAAUCAAGCAAACAUUGUCACCAUGGAUGAUGCAAGACACAGACAAAUAAAAGUGUUGGAUUGGGAGUUGGACUCCUCUGAACCACACCGUAUCCAGGUGAAAACACAGAUAAUAAGUGUUGGAUUGGGAGUUGGACUCCUCUGAACCACACCGUAUCCAGGUGAAGACACAGAUAAUAAGUGUUGGAUUGGAAGUUGGACUCCUCUGAACCACACCGUAUCCAGUGGGAGUCACGACAUGCGCUUUGUCUCAGAAUUUCACUCACAGGCACCGAGAUAUGAAGAUGACAAGGGUGAUGCAAUGGCAGUAAUGGAAUAUCACUUCUGAACUCUUGUGGGGGCAACUUUGCCUGCUUGUCAAGUUGAGUAUCUUUUCCAGAAGGAUGUCUGGACCUGAAGGAGAGGCUGCAUCUUACCAGCGCUUAUCAGUAUCUGGAACUGCGGUUCAACAAACCAGUGCGUAUAUGUGGAACAGUUACCUUCAUCUUUCAGACGGUCAUAUAUAUGGCUGUUUGUGUGUACACUCCAGCCCUAGCACUCAAUGCAGUUACUGGCUUUGAUUUAUGGGGAGCAGUGCUGGCCACUGGACUGGUGUGUACACUGUAUACAACUCUGGCUUCCAUGUCUUCUCCCCGGACCUCCUCAAUGUCCACCUCUUGAACAUCAGACUCGGAGGCCUCCUCUGCACUGUCACUUUCCAACCUUGUUGAGGAUGGCUCGUUGUCAGGCUCAAAAAGCCUGUUGCGUGCUUUGGUGUGUGUGUUCCCAAACAACGACCAGUUGCACUCUGAGGCGGCUGAUGUGGGAUUGGAUUUGGAGGAUGAUGGAGGUAACAGGGGAAAGAGACUCAGAUCCACAAAGUCCCUUCCACCAGGUGGCUGAUGAGAUAUGUUGGCACGACUGCCAUAUUGCAUUUCCACCCCAAAGCCCUUGCUUGGAAGUGUACUUUGCCAGACUGUCAAGAACCUUGCCCUCAUCCAGGCCAAGGUGGCGAGACACGGUAGUAAUGACACUAUAGGCCUUGUUGAUCUCUGCACCAGACAGGAUGCUCUUGCCAGCAUACUUGGGGUCCAACAUGGACGCUGUGGCGUGUUUGGGCUUCAGGCAGAAGUCUUCACGCUUUUUGAUGUAUUUCAGAACUGCAGUUUCCUCUGCUUGGAGCAACAGUGAAGUGGGCAGGGCAGUACGGAUUUAUUCUCUUACAUCUGCAAGCAGAGUCUGAACAUCAGACAGGAUGGCAUUGUCUCCCUCAAUCAGUGCAAUGGCUACUGCUAUAGGUUUCACGAGUUUCAGGCUGCUUACCACUCUCUCCCAAUAUACAUAAUCCAGGAGGAUCCUCUUGAUGGGGUUGUCCAUAUCAGCAGACUGUGAUAUGGACAUUUCUUGGAGAGACUCCUUCCCCUCCAGGAGACUGUCAAACAUGAUGACAACACCACCCCAACAGAUGAUGCUGGGCAGCUUCAAUGUGGUGCUUUUAAUUCUUCUCACUUUGCUUGGUGAGGUAGAUUGCUGCUAUAACUUGAUGACCCUUCACAUAUCUAACCAUUUCCUUGGCUCUCUUGUAGUGUGUAUCCAUUGUUUUCAGUGCCAUGAUGUCCUUGAGGAGCAGAUUCAAUGCAUGAGCAGCACAGCCAAUGGGUGUGAUGUGAGGGGAGGCCUGAAGGCAGUGAUCUGGACAGAUGUCUUCCAGACCAUAGUGAUGUUUGCUGGCCAACUAGCGGUCAUCGUGGUGGGGGUCCAGCAGACUGGGGGGGUGGCAGAGGUCUGGAGGAAGGUCUCAGAGGGGAACCGCAUCUCUGGCAUAGACCUGAACCCUGACCCUACGGUGGAGUACACGUUCUGGACCCUGGGGGUGGGGGGAGUCUUCCUGAUGUUGUCACUGUAUGGGGUCAACCAGGCCCAGGUCCAGAGAUACCUCAGUGCCAAGACAGAGAGGGACGCCGUCAUGUCUUGCUACAUGGUGUUUCCCUCUCUACAGUUAGCUCUAGCUCUGAGCUGUGUCAUGGGGCUUGUCAUGUUUGCACGCUACUGUGGGGAGGACCAUUUCCACAAUCUAGGUGUCUUAUCAAAAAAUGAGAUGGUGUUGUACUUUGUGAUGGACAUGCUGCAGGGUCUACCUGGCCUGUCUGGACUGUUUAUCUCCUGCCUGUUUAGUGCAGCUCUCAGCACCAUCUCAUCAGCCUUUAACUCUCUGGCUACAGUGACCAUGGAGGAUCUGAUCAAACCACACUGCCCCUCCAUGACAGAGGCCAGGGCCACCCUGCUCUCCAAGGGACUGGCAUGUUCAUAUGGACUGCUGUGUCUGGCCAUGGCCUGUCUCACCCACUUGAUGAGUGAUUCCGUUUUGCAGACUGCUUUCAAAAUAUUUGGAAUGGUUGGUGGUCCUCUUCUGGGCGUCUUCUCUCUCGGGUUGUUCUUUCCUUGGGCGAACUCUACCGGUGCCCUUGUAGGGUUGGGGUCAGGCCUGGCGAUGGCCUUCUGGGUGGGCAUCGGGAGCAUCGUAACCCGUACCUCUGGGGGUCUUGCUGCUGUGUCUCAGUUCAACUGUACUGCUGUACAACUCUCAGGGAACAUCACCACAGCCAUGGGGACAGCACUCAUCAGUACUGCAAUGCCCACCGUUACACACAGCCGACCAAUGGGUCUGCAGAGGUUCUACUCCUUGUCCUUCAUGUGGUACAGUGCUCUCAACUCCUUCACUGUGGUGAUCACAGGGUUGGUUGUUAGCUUUCUCACAGGACCAAUGAAAGCGGAGGAGGUGACCCCAGGCACUCUGUAUCCCCUGUUGGGCAACAUGCUGUUCUUCGUACCAGAUAAACUCAAACAGAAGCUGUGCUGCGUCACCCCACUGGGGAAUGGGCCAGCCAUCCAGGAAUGUCCACCUGCUCAACACGAGAGAAAUGGUCAGGCCGUCUACACAGAGGAGGGCUUGUUAGAAGAGGAGAGGCAAAGCUUUCUUCUAACCUCCCACACACCUGUUGUGGAACAUGAGACAGCUCUGUGAUGGACUCUUCCACAACCACGUUAUAUCACGGUCCUCUGGGCAGUGAAAUGGGACACACACUGUAUCAUGUCAGAGUGUUUUUCACAGAGGUUCUGUUCUGAAGAGGAGAAGUGUUGUUGGGAGGUAUUGUGCUCUGCUAUGGCUGACCCUGUAAAACAACACAUUUCACUGCACCUAUCCGGUGUAUGAACAUAUCUCUGUAAUCCAAGUGACUGUGGAUUAAAAAUGCACUGAUACUCUACAUGUCUGGCGUGCAUGACGCCUGAACAAGACCAAAGAAACCUACAGUAUUACUCAAAACAACGAUAAACCCAAGACCAUGUUAAUGUAUCCUUCCGGAGACGAUCAGAUUUGAAUGGACCAUUUGUUUUGCUGCAAGGUAUAAAACGAUGAUCACGAUCGUCGUAUUGAGGAGACCAAAGCGCAGCGUGAAUACAUAAUUUUAAUGAAUGACGAAAAAAACAAAGUACACUAAAGAAAAUAACAAAACUAAUGUGACCGCGAUCGAAACUGAGUGCUAACAUGCAACAUCACAUAGACAAUAACCACAAUACAAAACAGGCUACCUAAAUAUGGUUUCCAAUCAGAGACAACGACAAACACCUGCCACUGAUUGAGAACCAUAUCAGGCCAAAACACAGAAAUAGACAAACUAGACAUACAACAUAGAAUGCCCACUCAUAUCACACUCUGACCAAACAAAACAUAAAAACAAGCAAAUCAUGGUCAGUGUGACAAACGAAGACAUAACUCCUGAGGAAACACAGAACUACUUGAGUACUGCUGGUUAUCGCUGGGCGCCCAGUCAAUGAGAAAAUAGCUUUCUGUUAUUUGUGGAACUGAGUACUUGUUCUUUCAAUAAUGUGUUCCAGUGGGCGACUUUGUCAUGUUGGUCUGGUGUGUCAACAAAACAUGUUCAAACGAUAGAGACAUUCAGUGUUUCGAAAAUGAGAAAAUAAACAUUUUUAAAAGUA